CGCGCCGAGCGCCGGGUUUCUGCCCCUGGCGGGCGAUGGAAAUAACGUGUCGCCCUUUUAGACGCUGAGGGCAGUGCACAGCCCCUUUCCCAGACUCCGACCCAGUUUCUUCGACCUCCACAGCAGCCUCUGAGGCCGCCCCGAGAGAGCGUCAGGAUGGCAGAGGAAAAGGGUGAAAAACUGGUGAUGGAAGAAACUGCAUUUGAGGAAAUCGAAAGAGAUUUUCAGGAGGUUCUCAGUGAACUUUCGGGAGACAAAGGUCUGGAAAAAUUUAGGGUGGAAUAUGAGCGGCUUCAUGCUAUCAUGAAAAAGUCUUACGACAACGAGAAGCGCCUGAUGGCCAAGUGCAGAGAGCUGAACGCAGAGAUCGUGGUUAAUUCCGCCAAGGUCGCCACUGCUCUGAAGCUCUCCCAGGACGAUCAGACCACCAUCGCUUCCCUGAAGAAGGAAAUUGAAAAGGCCUGGAAGAUGGUGGACUCAGCCUAUGACAAAGAGCAGAAAGCCAAGGAGACAAUUCUUGCUCUCAAAGAAGAAAUAGUGAAUCUUACCAAACUAGUUGAGCAAGGGUCUGGACUGUCCCUGGACCAUGACAGCAAUAUUCGAGAUUUGAUAAAGUUCAAAGAAGAAGUGACGAAGGAGCGGGACCAGCUCUUGUCAGAAGUGGUAAAAUUACGAGAGUCCUUAGCUCAUGUCACCGAGCAGCAGCAGGAAAUGGAGCGAAAGAAGGACGAUGCAGAGCAGACCAUCAGUCAGUUCCAACAAGAAAUCCAGCAUCGUCAGAACGAAGCUUCCCGGGAGUCUCGGAAGAAGGAAAAACUAGAGAAAGAGCUCAAGCAGAUUCAGACAGACAUGGACACCAGGCAGUCGGAGAUCAAGGCCCUGCAGCAGUACAUGCAGAAGAGCAAGGAAGAGCUUCAGCGGCUGGAGCAGCAGCUGAAGGAGCAGAAGAUACUGAAUGAGAGAGCCGCGAAGGAACUGGAGCAGUUCCAGAUGAGAAAUGCUAAACUUCAGCAAGAGAACGAGCAACACACUUUGGCCUGUGAGCAACUGUCCCAGGAGAACCAGCAGAAGGCCUUGGAGCUCAAAGCCAAAGAAGAAGAAGUCCAUCAGAUGCGCCUCGACAUUGGGAAGCUCAACAAAAUCAGAGAACAAAUUCAUAAGAAAUUGCACCAGAUUGAAGAGCAAAAGGCAGAAGUGGAACAGCACAAAGAAACCCUAAAGAAUCAGAUCUUGGGAUUAGAGAGAGAGGUGGAGGCUUCAAAGAAACAAGCAGAACUUGAUAAGAAAGCCAUGGACGAGCUUAUGAGAGAAAGGGAAAUACUAAAUAAGAAUAUGCUUAAAGCGGUCAAUGCGACUCAGAAGCAGAUAGACCUGGUGAAGCUCCAUGAACAGACCAAGAGGAACCUGGAGGAAGAAAUUCAGAGCUAUAAGGAAGAGGCCCAGAAGCAGAGGAAGAUCAUCUUUCAACUGGAGAAGGAGCGCGACCGGUACAUCAACGAAGCCAGCGAUCUCACCCAGAAGGUCCUCAUGAACAUGGAAGACAUAAAAAUCCGUGAAAUGCAGAUUUUCGACUAUAGGAAAAAAAUUGCUGAAUCGGAGACUAAGUUAAAACAGCAGCAGAACCUAUAUGAAGCUGUGAGGUCAGACCGGAACCUGUACAGCAAAAACCUGGUUGAAGCGCAGGAUGAAAUAACAGAAAUGAAGAGAAAGUUAAAGAUUAUGACCCAUCAGGUAGAUCAACUGAAAGAAGAAAUCUCUGCCAAAGAGUCCGUGCUUGUGAAGCUGAAUCUAGAACAGCAGAGAAUAGAAAAGGAGAAGGAGACACUGAAGGCCGAGCUGCAGAAGCUGAGGCAACAAGCCCUGGAGACCAAACACUUCAUUGAAAAGCAAGAGGCGGAGGAGAGAAAACUCCUGCGAAUCAUUGCCGAGGCCGACGGAGAACGCUUGAGGCAGAAGAAGGAGUUAGACCAGGUCAUCAGCGAGAGGGACAUCCUGGGGUCUCAGCUUGUUCGGCGCAACGAUGAGUUAGCUUUGCUCUACGAGAAGAUCAAGAUCCAGCAGUCGGUGAUGAACAAAGGCGAAAGUCAGUACAACCAGAGGGUGGAGGACAUGCGAAUCCUCAAACUUGAGAUCAAGAAGCUUCGCCGGGAGAAGGGCAUUCUCGCCAGGAGCGUGGCUAACGUGGAGGAGCUCAGGCAGGAGUUUUUUCACACGCAAAGAGAAUUCUUGAAGGAGAGGACCCGAUGCCGAGCCCUGGAGGAGGAACUGGAGAACCCGAUGAACGUGCACAGGUGGAGGAAGCUUGAGGCCAGUGACCCCAGUACCUUUGAGAUGAUACAGAAAAUUCACACCCUGCAGAAGCGCCUCAUCAGCAAGACCGAAGAGGUGGUUGAGAAAGAGCUGCUCCUUCAGGAAAAGGAGAAACUGUACGUGGAACUGAAGCACAUCCUGGCCCGGCAGCCAGGCCCUGAAGCUGCGGAACAGCUCCAGAUCUACCGGCACACCUUGCGGGAGAAGACCAAGCAGCUUAAAGUUUUGUCUUCAGAAUUGAAUAUGUAUGAGUCACAGAGCCAAGAAUAUAAGUAUGAGAUCGAGAAACUUGGCAAUGAACUGAUGAAUUUAAAGAAGAAAUACCUGGCUCAGAAACGUAAAGAACUCAUGGAGAAAAACAAGAACAGAAUACCCAUGGACAACAUCAUCUCAAUGGCCAAACCCACAGGGCCUCGCUUUACCGGGGGUGGAUUUCCCCUCAACAAGACAUCCAGAACAAAUUCUUAACUGGAAGCUGCUGGCUGGGUCAGGUUAAACAGCUCAUGAAAUUUGCUCUGGAACAUUUUGGCAGAAUCUCUUUUAUAUUCCUUGGAUCAGACUUAUUUAGGGAAAUCAGGUGACCAGAUUCCAGGAUGGAAAGGAAUGUGGAGCUAUCAUAGUCAUGGAAGAGUGAAGAUGUUUCACUUGGACCGUGGAUAUUGGCUGAUCAUUUUUCUAUUCAAUCAGGCUGCCAUAUUGCACAAAGCAGACCUUUUUGUUGCAACCACAUCAGUUGAUUUGAAAUGCACCAGAUUUAGAUACUCUGUAUCAAUGAAGCUUUGGAUCUUCAUUUCUUUAUUAUAGAUAUCUGUACCCUUGAAGGUUUUAUAUUUUAAAAUAUUUUUGAGAUGCAGUGCAUCUCCUUCUCAUUACUAAGAAUAUAUUUUUAAUUAUUCCUCAUCAACAAGUCAUUGCACGAUGUGAAAAAGAAGAGCAGACUCUCAAGAACUUAAAAAUGUUUUGAGAAGGAUAUCUAUGUGGAGUGUCUUUUCAGGCCUGAGGUAGGAAAAUCUAUUCCAAAGAGACAUGCCAAUAAACAAGCAUAAAAAAUAAAAAAGAACCUUUAUAGAGAUUCUGAUCUUUGCUUUGGUAGAGAAUGUAAUUAAUUAGAGUUUAAAACUACCUUGAGAAAUGUUUAACAUAAGGAUUUGAUUCAGAGGAACCAAGACUGAAAUGAAGGGGUGGGGCUGGCAUCCGGAAUUCUCCUUUCUAGGCCUCCUGCUUGAGGAUGGAGUUGUUCAGCACUGGGAUCCGUUUGGCUCUCAGGCUGCCAGACAACAUUUUAACCCAUUGAACCCAUUGUGUUUACUUUUUGUCAAAGCCACAUUUAUUUGGGCACCAGUUCACCUUUUCACAUUGUGUGAGGACACUGAGGACACACCAGCCACCUCUCUCACAAUAGCUUGAUCUCUGUAAUUUUUAAAAUUGUUGAGUAGUAAAUCACUCAGGAGGAACGAGAACAGUGUCAGUGGAUCUUUAGAACAUUCCAUUUGCACACAGGGACCAAGAUUUCCCCCUUGAAAACAAGAAUGUUAAUGACCCAAGAUGUUUUUCAGACUAUAUAGGGAAGGGGGAUCCUCUGGAUGUCCUUUGGCCAGUGUCCUCUAUCAGGUGGGAGUCUCCAGAAGCAGACCAAAGAUGUUGAUGGUCCUGAAGGUAAUAUUUUAUGAGGUCAUCCCAGGAAAACAAGGAAGAGAGUGAGGAAAUGAGACAGGCAAGGGAAGGAGGUCGAACAAGGAUGUGAUCUCAGGUUCAGUUCCAUGAUGGGAGACUUUGGCUCCAUCUUGCAGGGAGCUCUAGAGACCAUGUCAUAACAUCCCAGAGUUCUCCCCAUCAGGGUUAAGGGAGUUGGGGUAUUUAUAUCCCCAUGCUGUCAAUCAUUGAUCAAGGACUGCUCUGGAGGGACCCUCUGGUUCUCUUGCCUGCUGACAAAGCAGGUUCUUGCAGCUUGGUGGCAGCAAUUGGACAAAGUCUACAGGUGGUGAAUGUUAGAAAUGAAGGUGGUAAGGGUCAGGUAGUAUCAUCCUCUGCUGCUUCUCCCAAAUGGGCCCAGUGAAGGAACUCUGCAGAUAGAGAGCAACCUCCGUCGUACAUGGUGACCCUGUGGUGACAUGUGCUACCAGUGAUUGGGCAUUAUAGGAAGUAUGUGAAGGUCCCCUAGAGGAUUUACCAAGAGCGCCUGAAUCUAAAAAAUCACAGUAGUGCCAUUUCCAUUUCUGAAAAAAAAAAUGAUGAUAUAUUCCUCGAGCCAGCUACGUUCUGUUUAGAUAAAAGAAACAGCACUGAAGAUUUCCCCAUCAUUCCAGAGAUGUUCCAAAGUAGAUCCAUAAGCGAACUUCAUUCUGAGUUCUUGGGUGGCUUCAUGAGGGGUUCACUUCUCUCGGGGAGUGGAAUCUGGGGUUCUUGACUUUAUCUCAGUAUGGUGAAGACUCUGAAGACUGCUUCUGGAUUCAGAGCCUGGCUCAUUGUAACAAAGGGUUGAAGAAUGAAUGAGUUAGCGUAUGUAAGUGUAGAACAAUAUCAGGCACACAGUGAUUGCUCAAUGAACAUCUGCCAUUGUUAUCAUUACAUGAGAGGCACCUAAUCCUUUUUGUUAUUUAUUUUUAUUUUUUAGUGAGAGAGGCCUAAUGUUUUGAAAUUAGAGACGAAAGGUUGUUUGUCAGGGACCAAGAAGUUCUCAUUCUGAGAACAUUCUGACCUUUACAAUAAGCAGCAGCGCCCC